AUGUUUAAACUUGGUUUAAAACUUUUAGAUAAAAAAAGAGAGAGUAAAUCUAACUCUCCAGUCAAAACUGAGUUACCAUCCGCCUUACCAGCAUUCGAGUGGCAGGUCACUGGUGAUUCUGGUUUAGGUGACCUUAUAACAAAAGAAAAGGAAAUCAUCACACUUCCAGAAGUUGCCAUAUUUGGGACCACAAAUGAACGUAAAAUUGUUGCUAGGAGAGUUCCAACUGUAAAUAAUGGUCGUACUUCAAAUGCUGAAUCUAAUAGAUUAAGAUUAUUACAAAUAAUUGAAAAUGAAGAUGCUCGAAAUAAUUUUCAAGAUUAUUUAAAAUCUCAAUAUUGUGAAGAAAAUUUGGACUUUUAUAUGGAUGUUGUACAAUAUCGUGACCUUUUUUCUUCAUCUGGAGCUAAUCUAAAAAAUGAUGAUAUUAGAGAAAUAAGUUCAACAGCAAAAUAUAUAUGGAAUUAUUAUUUAGAUUCUGAUACUUCAUCAAAACCUUUAAAUGUUCCACAGGAUCUCGCAAAUCAAUGUAGACAAAAAAUUGAUUCAAAAAAGUUUACUGAUGAUAUAUUUGAUAAACUUCAACAGCAUUGUUUCGAUCUUAUGGUUCAAGAUUCUCUUCCAAAAUUCUUACGUAGAUCUGUGAUGCAUGAAAAUUUUUCAUCUUCAAACUCUUCAAUAACUUCUUCUUAUCUUAAGCCAUCUUCUUCAACUCAAAAACCACUUUUCGGUCCAAGAAGAUCAUUAUCUUCUGGUUCUCUUAAAUCAAGAAUGGCUUCAACUUUGGCAUCUAUUAAAACUGCUGAUCGAACUAUAAUAACUCUGGAAAAUAAAUCAAAUUCUAGUUUUAAAAAUACUAAAUUAGUUCAUGAAAAUAGGUUAAAUUCGAGUUUUAAUAAUUCAUUUGCAAAAGAAAAUAGAUCAAAUUCGAGUUUUAAUCAUUCAUUUGCAAAAGAAAAUAGGUCAAAUUCGAGUUUUAAUAAUUCAUUUGCAAAAGAAAAUAGGUCAAAUUCGAGUUUAAAUAAGUCAUUUGCAAGAGAAAAUAGGUCAAAUUCGAGCUUUAAUAGCUCAUUUGGUCAUGAAAAUAAGUCAAAUUCGAGUUUUAACAUUAUAUCUACUACAAAGACUGAUCCUGAUCAGUCGGAAAGCAAUAGAUCUUCAACUGUAUCAACUGAUUCUACAUCAUCAUCACCGUCAACAAAUUCUUCUUUAAGUACAAAUUCUCUCUCAUCUCGAAUUUCUUUAUCAAACAUCAAACGUCGCGUGCUCACGCGUCGUCGAAAUUCAACAAGUUUGGCUUCAACUCAUAAAACCAUGGAUAUGCCAGGAUCAUAUCCAUGUACCCCCGUCAACUGUGAUAACUGUGAUGAUUGUGAUGAAUUAGACCUCUUAUCACGUGACAAAAAAUUAUGGCACAAACAUAAACUUCGUCGUAAUAUGUCAACAGCUAAUUUUCAAUCUGACUCAAAAUCAAAACCUUCAAUUAUUGUGGGUGGCCAGGUGUACGUUGCUGAUAAAACUAUUCCUCAAAUUCCUACUGCAAUAAAAUAA